AUGUCUGAAACCGAGCGCGAGGAGCUCCCUGCUUUGGCUAUUCGAACACUGAUCUCGGGAUGCCAUAUUCUGCACUAUCAUCAGAUCCUUGAUGCCUACGGCCACCUUUCUGUCAGACAUCCGACUCGUCCGGAUGUCUUUCUUUUGCCAAAAAACGCCGCACCGGCUAAUGUGAAGUCACCCGAUGAUAUUGUGCAAUACUAUGUCAGCGACGCAUCAGCGGUGGAUGCCGCCAGUCCCUCGGGAUACGUGGAACGGUUCAUUCAUAGCGAGAUCUACAAGAAGUAUCCCGACGUGCAUAGCAUUGUUCACAGUCAUGCUUCGGCUGUGCUCCCAUACACAAUCACUGGAAAUUCGGUCCCCCUGUUUGAUAUCGCAGACCACUACGGUGAAAGUGAUAUUCAUGACCUUCUCGUCCGGAACCAGGGACUUGGGGAAGCUCUCUCCGACAGCAUCUCCAAGGAUAUCCAAGGAGCUGUUCACCCGGUUGUUCUGAUGAGAGGUCAUGGGUUUACCGCAGUGGGCAAGAGCAUCGAGGAGAGCGUUUUCCGGUCGAUCUACACCGCCGAGAAUGCGAGAAAUCAGACCGUCGCGCUCACCUUGACCAAUUCUAUGGGCCUCGAUAACAGUGGAAGUCGUCGGGGAAUCCAAUAUCUUCGAGAUUCGGAGAUAUCGCCGACCACAGAAAUGGGCCAGUGGUCAUGCAUGCGCCCCUGGAACUUGUGGGUGAGAGAAGUGGAAGCGGCAGCACUCUAUGUUAACCUGGCUUGA